AUGUCUUCAGCAAAGUACAUUCUCUCAGGAGCAGCAGUAAUGGCUGGCUUCAUUGGAGCACAAGCAGCCCUUGACUUGUCCUCUUCGAGCAACAUCGCCCUAUACUGGGGUCAGAAUUCAUACAACCAGGCCAGCGGCGACCUUGAGCAACACAACCUCGCAUACUACUGUGAAAAUUCAGAUGUAGACGUCUUGCAAUUGGCAUUUGUGACUGUCAUUAACGGCCCCGGCGGUGCGCCGGAGAUUAACUUUGCCAACAUUGGCGAUAACUGCACCACCUUUGAUGGUACUUCUCUUUUGAACUGUCCUCAGGUUGGUGCCGAUAUAAAGACAUGCCAAGACGCGGGCAAGACUAUUCUCCUUUCCAUCGGAGGUGCAACCUAUUCUGAAGGAGGAUUCAGUUCAAAAAAUGCCGCUACAGCUGGAGCUCAAUUGAUCUGGGAGACCUUCGGACCGGAUUCUAAUAUCUCAGCUCUCCGUCCCUUUGGAGACGCCGUUGUCGACGGAUUCGACUUUGAUUUUGAGGCUACUGUUUCCAACAUGGCCACUUUCGGUAAUGAGCUUCGCUCUCUCAUGGAUGCUGACACCAGCAAGAAAUACUACUUGACAGCUGCACCACAAUGUGUUUACCCUGACGCUGCUGAUAACCAGAUGCUCGACGACGCUGUCAAAUUUGAUGCCAUCUGGGUCCAAUUCUACAACAACUACUGCGGUGUCAACAACUACGUCUCCGGACCUACCACCCAAAACAACUACAACUUCGAGACCUGGGAUUCCUGGGCAAAGAACACCUCUGCCAACCCGGAUGUCAAGGUCUUUGUCGGUGUUCCUGGUAACACCGGUGCUGCCGGAACCGGAUACCUCUCUGCAACUGCCCUCAAGCCCGUCCUCGAGUACUCUGCUACCUUCUCCAGUUUUGGCGGUGUUAUGAUCUGGGAUGCUAGCCAGGCUUAUGCCAACAAUGGAUUUAUUUCCGGCGUUGCUUCUGAUUUGGGCAGCAGCAGCAAUGGUCCCAUCUCACGCAUUAUGCGCCGUCUUGUUGAUCAUCCUUACUGGUAAUAAGCCUUGCCAAACAGUACAAAUAUUAUUAAGAACGGCUCGCGCUGGUACAGCCGUUGGAGUUGAUACCUGCACUUUGAACCCUUGGACAUGAAGGAUGUUAUCUACUGAAAGUUCUUUGACACAUGGUUACCAAUGGGGAUGUGCACAAUACAUAUUUUUUCUUCAACUGUAC